UGUACCAGGCUCUCUUCCUCGAGACGGUUAGGCAGGUGGAAUACAGCCAUUGCCCGGUCAUCUCGACUCUCAAUCCUCAUUCUCCUUUAGCUUUCGUCUCUUGCAAUUGUCGACAUCAUGGCUCUUGCGUGGCCCUGGCACUUUGUCACUCUCUCCGAGGCGGAAAAGGAGCAGCGUCGCGAGCUUCUAGACCUACGAGGAUCUUACGCUCAGUACUCAAUGCUACUGGCGAUCCUUUUGGUGCGAUUGUAUACAUGGGUGUUUCAGUCUGGGAAUGAGCCUCCCAAGCCCAACCGACGCAAGCCUCUGGCAAAGUCCUGGCUGGACUCUCCACCCUUUGCGGGAUGGAUUGAGACUCGGAGACAGUACCUGGUCUGCUCGAUCUGGCUGAUGUGGCUCCUGUGCCUGUGCAUAUGGAACUCUGGUGAUGAUUACCUUCACCUCACCAAGUCUCUCGGGCAUGUCGCUCUUUCUCAAUUCCCGUUUCAAAUCCUGAUGUCGCCGCCGCUCUAUCUCACCUCCACGCCGGCCUCCCCGUCAUUAAUCUCCGUGCUCACCACCAUCCCCCAGCCUACCAUCAACGCCUAUCAUCGGCUCUUCGGCCGCCUGGUCAUUGCGCCCUUACUAGUCAGCCAUGCGCUCCUCUACGACUCUUUCUUCCUGCAGACCCCUCACCCGGAGUUCGGGAUCUUGUUUGCGAAACGCAUCCGCGACGCAGAUGUCCAGUGGGGAAUCCUGGGAGUGGUUGCCUUCACGUCGGUGGUGCUCUUCGCGCGUCCAGCGGUGAAACCCCGGUGGGCUAUGAGCUUGAGGAGCGGGUCUGGGUCGGCGAGGGCGAGGCAGCAGGUCUUUUGGGCGGUGCAUGUUGGGCUGGUGGUCGUGCUGGGUGUUGCAGCGUAUUCGCAUGUGCAGUGGGCGAGGCUGUACAUGAUUGAGGGCUUGGUGGGGAGCAUGGCUAAUGUGGGCUGUGGGCUGUUUCUUUGAGGAUGGUCUGUUUGUAGUCCUUGGGUAAUGGUAGGCUGGGUUCGGAAGGGGGUUGUGUGCAUCAUUGUGUAGCAGGAUGUGUGUCAAUUGCGUUUACGUAC